UGUGGAUGGCGCCAUCUGGGGUCGACAGCGAAUAAUGACAAUGAGCAAGUUGACGCCUUAAUGUUUAAAUUCUUCCUGCUUUUGUGUUCAUAUUUAUGCAUCCUAUUAUACAAACCUAUCGGAGAUAAAAAAAAAAAUGGAUGAAGCGUAUAGUUCGGAAUCAUGUCGGCAGCAUUUGCAGCACUUGGGGCAGGGAGCACUUCAAGACUUUUGAUGGGGAAAUAUACCAGUUUCCUGGCACUUGUGAAUACAACCUGGUGUCUGACUGCCACAUGAUUUACCAGGAGUUUUCUGUUCACAUGAAAAGGACGCAAGUGGAUGGGAAUCCCACUUUGAGUUACCUGUUGGUCACUGUCAACAGCUUGUCCUUUAACUUAACCAAAGGCCUGGUCACUGUAAACAGCCUGCCUGUCUCACUGCCGUACUACAAUGGCGGAGUACAAGUGGAACAAAGCGCGGUUUACGUGAAGCUUCAGUCGACAGUUGGUCUUGUUGUCAUGUGGAAUGGUGACGAUGCUGUCAUGGUGGAACUGGAUCAUGACUAUGGAAGCCGCACUUGUGGGCUCUGUGGAGAUUUCAAUGGUCUCCCUGUGCAGAAUGAGUUCAUUCACCAUGGUCGACCAGUCGGAUAUAUCGAAUUUGGCAACAAACAAAAAGUUCAUCGUCCAAAUGAUGAUUGUGAGAACCCCAGCGAAGACGACUAUGAACCACUGGAAUCUUUGAUUGAUUCAUGCAACGAGUUUCAAACCCCCUGUAGUCAGAUGCUACGUUCAGAUUCCUGGAGCCUGUGCGCAGAACUGAUCGACCCUGAACCAUACAUCCAGGCCUGCAUGCUUGACAUGUGCGGUUGCUCAAACAGCACCAACUACUUCUGUGUCUGCAGCACCAUUUCUGAGUUCUCCCGCCAGUGUUCACACGCCGGUGGUCAGCCUCCUAACUGGAGAACUUCUCAGUUUUGUGUCAAGGACUGUCCAUUUAACAUGAUUUAUGAAGAGAGUGGUUCCCCUUGUUUGGACACCUGCACACAUCAGGACACAACAUCUGUGUGUGAGGACCAUAGAAUGGAUGGCUGCUUCUGUCCUCCUGAGACAGUAUUUGAUGAUAUCUCCAUGAGAGGCUGCAUUACAUUGUCUGAAUGUCAGUGCAAGCAUGACAGAAUCUACAAUCCUGGAGAGGUCCUCAAAGAGGACAGAGAACUUUGUACAUGUUUUCUGGGCCAAUGGUCCUGUGAAAGUCUUCCUACACCGUCCACCUGUGCAUUAGAGGAGGGUUCUCAUGUCACAACAUUUGAUGGGAAAAGCUACGUUUUCCAUGGAGAUUGUUAUUACACUCUGGCCAAAGUGGACAAUAAGGAUGAGUCAAGUCCAAAGUUUACGAUCCUGGCCCAGCUGCUUCCAUGUUCAUACCAAGAGUUUGAUACCUGUCUGAAGACCCUCAAAAUUCUGCUCAACAACGACAGAAACAAUGUGUUAAUGUUCACCUCCGAUGGGACAGUGAAGCAGAAUAAACAGACACUCAGUUUGCCUUAUCAGUCUGGUGACAUCUACAUUUUUCGGGCUUCCUCCUUUCACAUCAUGUUCCAGACCAGUUUUGGUUUGCAUAUCCAGGUGCAGCAUGUACCUGUCAUGCAGGUAUAUGUGAGCUUGGAACAGAGCUACAUGGGAAAGACCAGAGGAUUGUGUGGGAACAACAACUUGGUCUUGUCCGAUGACAUGACGACACCUCAGGGGAUUGUGGAAGGAACUGCUGUGUCUUUUAUCAAUUCCUGGAAAACCAACCUCAUGUGUCCUGAAACAGUUGAGAGAAUGGAUGACCCCUGUUCCCUUAGCAUGGAAACUGAGUUGUACGCAAGGCACUGGUGUGACUUGUUAAUAAAUCCAGUGAGCCACUUCUCACGUUGUCAUUCAUUGGUGGAUCCUGACACAUACUACAAGCGGUGCACCUAUGCAACUUGCAAUUGUGAUAAAAGUGAGGCCUGCCUAUGUGCCGUUUUGUCUUCCUAUGUUCGGGCUUGUGCAUCAAAAGGAAUGUUUCUUACAAACUGGAGAGACAAUGUGUGUGAAAGAUACACAAGGAACUGCCCAUCGUCCCAGAUCUUCUCCUAUGAAAAUAAGAGAUGCCAGUGGACAUGCAGAUCACUAACCUCCGUACAGCAGACCUGCUCUUUAGAUGUAUUUCCCGUGGAUGGUUGCUCCUGCGCCGAUGGUUUCUUUUUAAAUGAAAGUGGAAUAUGCAUUCCCCGAGAAAAAUGUCCCUGUUACCACAAUGACGUCUACAUCAAACCUGGAAAAUCCAUCACUAUCAAAGAUGCGCGUUGCAUUUGCAGUGGUGGAAUUCUUCAGUGCCGUUCAUGGGCAGCUCGCUCAUUAUCUUUCUGCCCUCCACACAAAGUAUACUUCAACUGUUCAACUGCCUCCGCCGGAGUUCUGGGAGCACAAUGUGCUCCAAGUUGUUUAAAUCUGGAUAGUGAUUGUGACUCAACAGAGUGUGAAUCUGGUUGUCGGUGUCCGAUUGGCCUCUAUGACGAUGGCAAAGGUUUCUGUGUGAAAAGGGAUGAAUGUCCAUGCCAACACAAUGGUGCUAUCUUUGCACCUGGACGACAAAUUCCAAACCAGUGUAACACUUGUAUCUGCAAAAGUGGACAAUGGGACUGCACACAGAACCAGUGCUCGAAGACUUGUGUAGUCUACGGAAGUGGUCAUUACACUACAUUUGAUGAGCGCGCAUAUGGUUUUGAAGGGCUUUGUGGAUAUGUAGCUGUAAAGAACAAAUGUGGUAAUAAAACAGUUGAGAACAACUUCAGAGUUAUUACAGAAAAUGUUGCAUGUGGCUCCACAGGCACCACAUGCUCUAAAACUGUCAGAAUACAGUUGGGGCGAUCAGAAAUCAAGCUGUCCAAGGGAAAACAUGACGAGCUUGACACUGAAGAUGGACCGGAGAUAAGAUACAAUAUACGUACUGUUGGCUUGUAUCUGGUUGUUGACGCUGCUAUUGGUAUAUCAGUUAUUUGGGAUCGCAAAACAACUGUUCGCAUAGUUUUGAUGCCACAGCACAGAGGAGAAGUUUGUGGCCUGUGUGGAAAUUUUGAUGGUGAUGGACAGAAUGAUUUUACAACCAAGGGUCAGCUGGAAGUGAGCAGUGUGUUAGAAUUUGCUAACAGCUGGAAAGUGUCAAGCAGUUGUCCAGACACAGAGGAGAUUACUCAAUCUUGUGCAGCCACACCAAAUCGUGAACAAUGGGCAAAAAUGACUUGCAGCAUCAUUACUGGAAAAACAUUUCAACAGUGCCACAACAAAGUUCCUGCACAACCUUUUUAUGACAACUGUGUAAAAGACUCAUGUGCCUGUGACAAAGGAGGGGAUUGUGAAUGUUUUUGCACUGCAGUGGCAGCCUAUGCUCAAGCUUGUAAUGAGGCGGGUGUAUGUGUAGCAUGGAGGACGCCAGAGAUAUGUCCUGUCUUUUGCGAUUACUACAACGACCCAGGUGAAUGUAAAUGGCACUACCACCCGUGUCACACACCUUGUUUUAAGACAUGCUACAAUCCAGAUGGGAUUUGCACCAAUCCGAUUCCUACCCUGGAAGAGUUUUCCAUGCCGCUGCUCUGUAAUGCAACAAAAAGAAAUAGAGCCAGUGACUCGUCACUAAAAUUCUUAUUGUUUUUAGGAAAAAAAUAAAUCUAUUCUUUAC